GAUCGGUACCAGGACCAUCAGUUUCACUAAAACGUCGAAACUACCUAUACACAGCCCAUCCAAAGCGAGUUUUUUCGUUUUUUAAGCCGACUACUUUCGCAAAAACCUCCCAAGAAAACAGCACCAUGGAAGUCGUUGUAAACAGCCCCAACGUCAAAUAUACAAGCAACUACAUCGAGUCCAAUUAUGAUUAUCACACCACCAAAGUUGGCAAGAAGGAAAAUAAACUCAUUGCUACUCCUCAUGUUGAACAUCUUCAAAUCCGUACCGGUCGCAAAGUUCCCAAAUUAGGAGUAAUGCUUGUUGGAUGGGGUGGUAACAAUGGGAGCACUUUCACGGCCGCUAUCCUUGCCAACAAACUUGGUUUAAGUUGGCCAACCAAAAAAGGAAUUCAACAUGCCAACUGGUUUGGGUCAAUCACACAGUCUUCAACUGUACGUCUCGGCGGAGAUUCGGAUGGCAAAGAUGUUUACGUACCAAUUUCCAACCUGCUCCCAAUGGUCAAUCCUGACGACAUAGAAGUUGAUGGAUGGGACAUUUCAAAAUUGAAUAUUGCAGACGCCUGCAAGCGAGCGCAAGUACUGGAGCCAUUUUUACAAGACCAGCUAAGAUCUCUCCUGGUCGACUACAAACCCCGUCCGUCAAUUUACAAUCCAGAUUUUAUUGCUGCGAAUCAAUCUGAUAGGGCCGAUAACGUCAUCAAAGGAACCAAGAAGCAACAGGUCGAGCAAAUAAUGAAAGAUAUCGAAGAUUUUAAAACAAAAUCAGGCGUGGAUCAAGUCAUUGUUUUGUGGACCGCAAACACUGAACGAUUUGCCGACAUUAUUCCUGGAACUAAUGAUACCGCAGCCAACUUGGAAGCGGCCAUUGCUAACGACCAUCCGGAAAUAUCUCCAUCCACCCUCUUCGCUUGGGCAUCAGUAAAGAGUAAUUGCACUUACAUCAACGGAUCUCCUCAAAACACUUUUGUUCCUGGCGUGAUAGAACUGGCAGAGGAACUUGGUGUCUUUAUCGCUGGAGAUGACUUCAAAUCCGGCCAAACUAAACUGAAAAGUGUAUUGGUAGAUUUCUUGGUGUCUGCCGGAAUCAAACCAGUCAGUAUCGUAAGCUACAAUCAUCUUGGUAACAACGAUGGAAAGAACUUGUCGGCACCCCAACAGUUCCGUUCCAAAGAAAUCUCUAAAAGUAACGUCGUAGACGAUAUGGUCGAAUCUAACAGGAUACUCUACGAACCUGGUGAAAAACCUGACCACUGUGUAGUCAUCAAAUACGUCCCUUAUGUUGCUGAUUCUAAACGUGCCAUGGACGAGUACAUUUCCGAAAUCAUGAUGGGUGGCCAUAACACCCUUGUAGUCCACAACACCUGCGAGGAUUCCCUUCUGGCCACACCCCUGAUUCUGGAUCUCGUAGUUUUGGCUGAAUUGUGCUCCAGAAUUCAAUUUAAGAAGAGAGGCGAGGCAGUUUUCUGUACCUUCCAUCCAGUUCUGUCGAUCUUGAGUUAUUUGUGCAAAGCACCUUUGGUUCCCAAUAACACCCCUGUCAUUAACGCCCUCUGCAAGCAAAGAGAAUGCAUCGAAAACGUACUUAGGGCUUGCAUUGGACUUUCUCCAGACAGCAACAUGCUCUUGGAGCACAAAGUUCCAAUUUUGAUGUCGAAAGCAGAGAGGAAUGUUGAAACGACUGUUACUAAACCGAUUAAGAAGAAUUACGAACUAGAAAUCAAAAAUACUGAGAUCCCAAUUAAAAACGGAAUUAACUAAAAGGACUUUGAUGGUUCGAUGGACGUAUCAACAUAUCUUCAAGCGUAUUAGUGUGAUUUUGUGUAUAUAUAUAUAUAUAUGUAUGAUAUAUGGUGUUUCCGUGUACGUAGCAAUUUAUUUAUGAGUUUAUUUCUUUGUCAGGAUUUUAAUUUAUGAUAAAUUAUUGAAUUCCUUCAACGGAAGAACUGAUCGAGGCCUUAAGAAAUUGUGAUGAGUGAGUGCAACUCAAUGGUAUAAGGGAAAAAAUUAAUAGACAGUAUAUUUUUUAUGAUCCGACCAUUCGGUUACUUUUUCAUAUGAUAUAUGUAUUUAUAAUAAAUAGGUGGUAAUUGAUGGGUUUUA